UCUGCGUUACAGCUGCAGGAUCCCGUUGCGGUAGCGAAUUCUUAUCACGGAGUAGCGGAAGUCCAGGGUCGAAGAGGAGUGCGCAUCACUCUUCGACAGGUGGGAGAGAGAGCUCGGAAUCUCAGAAUCUUGGAACCCCCAGCUAUCUUCGGGGAAGCGCCAGGGUACGGCCAGGAGACUUACGUUCGGCCGAGGCGACAUGGAAGCCGUUAUCAAGAUUCGGUGGAAGACAAGAUGGCGCCGGCUACCCCAGCCACACCUGUUACUUCACCUUUGGAGAAGAGGGACAUUCCAGAAGACCGCCCUGAACAGGAUGACACCCUGCCUCCACCCCCCUAUCCUGACUCCUUGUAUCCUUCAUUGGACGCUUACAGAGAUGAAGGGGGGGGGAAGUCCCCUGAGGAAUGUGGUGUUGCUUGCAUACUUGAUAAGAACAAGGACAAGGAGGGGGCGGGGGAGCCAAAGGGGGGAGGCGUGGUGGUGCCACCAGAGCUGAAGGGGGGAGGCGUGGUGCCACGGGUGAAAAGUGUAGGGGCGGGUGGUACUUCCUUGCUGUCGGGUCCGGCCUGUUGCUGUGUGUACGCCCAGAAAGGGACGGAUCGUACGGCCCCGUAUGAUAGUGAAAGUGAAUGUGGGGGUGGUGAUUCGAUGUGGGGCGCCCAAGGGCCCGCCCAAGGGGGAUGUGGCCCCACGGCACCUGUCCCGUGGAGCCCACCCACUCUCACUGAUUGGGCCCAAACAAGGGAGGACCUCUGGACAGCUGACUCAGAAACAACAGCUUUUGCUCUGCCGAUAGUUGUGAAGCAGGAUGGUCCGGCUUGGACUUCUCUGGAUUCCAAGGCGAUUACUCACCUUGCAGGGUUAGUUAAGAACAAGGGCCUGCGUUCUCCGGUGACUAUGUCAGCAGUUGAGGCUCUCAUGGCCUCAAGACUCCUGUCGUAUGAUGUGGUCAGUCUCAUGAGGGUGAUUCUUGAGUCCGUGCAGUACACACUGUGGUAUGAUGAAUGGAAUAGACUACUUCAGGCUGUUGUAGCUGAAGCAGCUCGUGAUAACAAUCAUCCAGCUAAUGCACGUACAGGUCAAGGCCGUGCGGCUAGGGUUGAAAGAACUACUCUCUUGCGCCUUCAGGGUUUAGCAGAUGAUAUGGUGGGGUCCCUGGAGGGUCAAGCAAGGGGGCUUAGAGCGGGGGAGUUAACUGCGCUUACAAAUGCAGCCCUUCAGGCUCUGCAGACGGUGGCUAAGAUUGCGGAGCCUGUGCUCCCGUAGUCUGAUAUCAAACAGGAGCCAUCUGAGUUGUUUUCUGAUUUUGCAAAUCACUUGAUUCGUGCCGUUGAAGGGUCUGACCUCCCCAGGGAGGUCCAGCCUUCGGUUGUGAUAGAUUGUUUCAAGCAAAAGUCGCUCCUGGACGUUCAGCAGAUAAUUAGGGCAGCACCUGGAACUUUGAACACCCCAGGGGAGAUUAUCAAAUAUGUGCUAGAUCAUCAGAAAAAUACUCCCUCCAAUAAUGAUGGCUUGGCAACUGCCGUGCAGGGAAUGGCUGCUUCGGUGCAAGGGAUGGCUGCUUCGGUUAGCUCUGUGAUCAAAUCUGCAGUGAUGGUGGAAGCUCGCACCGGGGAGGAGAAGGGAAAAGGUCCGUGUUUCAAGUGUGGGCAGCAUGGUCAUUUUAAGUCACAGUGCCCUGAGAGAGCUGAGCAGAGCGGGUCACAGGGACUGGGGGAGCCUUGUCAAUUGUGUGGUUGGGCUGGACAUGAUGCACAUCAGUGUCAAAAAUUUGAGGUUUUGCCACAGGGAAACUGGUACGGGAGGGUGCCACUGGCCCAGGUCUCCUUCACACUCUUUUAAAUUGGGCCAAGGGUGCAGACCUCAUAGUGGCAUUGAUCAUGGACCUCUUGAUCGGCCGCCCAAGGAAUCCUGAAUCGACAGAGUGCAAAAGAAGAGCUUUCUUCUGGACAUCGAAGAACUCGGAGAACCCAGAGAAACAACCCCUGCUGCCAACAAGAAACACCAUAUUGAUGCUGCUA